CCUUCAUGUCAUGUCAUGGAGUGCCAAGAAUCGGAGUAUAACAACCAAAGAAAGCAAAGCCAAGGCCAAAGAAAACGGUUUCAUUUAUAUUUUUAUCUGUCAUUUACUAUCAUCAUCCCAUUUUCUUCUCCUCUUAUUCCGCUACUAAAACCCUCGUCGUCGUCGUCGUCGUCGUCUUCUUCUUCUUUGCACCAAAUCCUCAGCAGAAGAUUUCCUGCUCGUGCAUGUGUCCAAGAUAUGAAAGGACUCUUCAAGCCAAAACCCCGGACUCCCAUGGAGCUUGUGCUACAAACACGUGAUCUUCUCAUCUUUCUUGACCAGAAUACCGAAACUCGAGAACGCAAGCGCGAGGAAAAGAUGUCUGAGCUGAGCAAACAGAUUCUGGAGAUGAGGAUAGUUUUAUUUGGGAAUGGACAAGCAGAGCCGAAUCCUGAUGCAUGUGCGCAUUUGGCUCGGGAGUUCUUUAAGCAUGAUACGUUCCGCCUUCUCGUUGUUUGUCUUCCAAAACUCGACUUGGGGGCACGUCAAAAUGCUACUCAUGUUCUAGCAAUUUUGCAGAGGCAACGAGUUGGUGGGCGGUUGAUUGCUUCCGAGUAUCUGGAAAAUAAUUUAGACCUUAUGGAUGUUUUGCUCCCUGGUUAUGAAGAUGGUGACAUUGCUCUAACUUAUGGUGCAAUUUCGAGGGAGUGCAUUCGUCAUCAGAUUGUGGCUAGGUACGUAUUGGGAUCAGAGUACAUGAAGAAAUUUUUUACCUACAUACAAAUUCCAAAUUUUGACAUAGCAUCAGAUGCUCAGUCAACUUUUAAAGAGCUCCUGACAAGGCAUAGAUCAACUGUUGCAGAAUUUCUUUCUGCAAAUUAUGACUGGUUUUUCCAAGGAUACAAUUCACAAUUGCUACAAUCUCCCAGUUACAUAACCAGAAGGCAUGCUGUCAAGCUGUUGGGAGACAUGUUACUUGACCGCUCAAAUUCUGCUGUGAUGGUUCGGUAUGUGAGUUCAUUGGAGAACAUGAGGAUCUUGAUGAACCUUUUCAGGGAUUCAAAUAAGACAAUACAACUGGACACGUUUCAUGUGUUCAAGUUAUUUGUAGCAAAUCAAAAAAAGCCUCCUGAGAUCAUCAGUGUACUUGUUACAAAUAGAAGCAAGCUUCUUAGGUUUCUAGGCGACUUCAGCAUUGAUAGAGAGGACGAACAAUUUGAAGCUGACAAAGCUCAAGUCAUCAAAGAGAUUGCCACUCUAGAAAUCAUCGGUGAGCGCUCAUGCACAGAUGCAGAUGAUUGUGAGGUUGAGUCUUAAAUUGUCGUUAAAUUUACAACAUUUUUGCAUUUGGGAAACUGUUUAGGAUCUAGUUUAUCCAUGGUCUUUGUUACUUCUGCUAGAACUUGUACAAGAGUGUUCCUAUUUUAUUAUAUGUUGGUUCUGUUUAGAUAUAAAUGUCUUUGAAGCACCUAUGCCUUUAGUCAAACUGCAUUUCAGGUGCUACUAAUUGUUUCUUCCCCUCGUUGAAUACCGUAAAAUCUUAUCAACCAUGAAAAUCUCACCUCUUCAGAAAUCAAUGAUUGCUCAUGCACAGAUGCUUGUGGAGAUAUUGCUCAUAGAAAAUCCCAUCUUCCUAUGACUUAAAAGAGUAGUCUUCCGAAACAGUUUUCAUGAUAUUUUUGAAUAACCGCAUAGUAGGGGUGAGCAAAAAAACCGAUAAACCAAUUAAACCAAGAAAACUGAAAAAAAAAAUAACCGAAAAAACCGAACCGAAAAAAAAACCGAAUUAACCAAUUAAAAAAUCACAAAAAAAAUUCCGGUUCGGUUCGGUUUCGGUUUCCAAAGUCUGAAACCGAUUGAACCGAACCUAAUCGAACCGGUUCACCAGACCAGCACUUAAAAAAAAAAAACAACUAUAAAUAGGAUGAUUUUUCUAACCCUAAGCCAACUUUGCUCUUUGCAUUCCCUAAACAAAAAAGUAGCCGCCCCUCCCCCCUUCUCUAUGCAUCUCUCCCUUCCCCUUCCCUUUCUCUCUGCAUAUCUCCCCUCCUUUUUUCUUUGCAUCUCUCCUUUUUGAUUGGAGAAGGAGACUGAGUUGGUGCAACAGAGUUGGAUCGGUCGCCAUUGAGAGCGAGUUUAGGGUUUUUUCUUUACAGGUGUGUGGUGGCGGCUCCAAAACGAAGUGGUGGGAAGAUUAGAGAGUAAAAAAAGGGGAUUUUUUUAACUAGCGUGUAAGGGUUUGGCCCUUCCUCUUUGAUUUGUUUCCUCUUGUUCAAAUAAUAAUGUUUUGAUGGUUUUACAUUUUAAUAACAGAUAUCUUUUGAUCU